AUGGUGAACACCGUCCCCUCUCAGACUGUCCUUUCACUCCCGCUCUACGAAUCAAACAACGGCCAGUCGCCGCCAUCCGUCGACCGAGACUCUGCACACGACGUGCCCAGUUUCCAGACCAUCGCCGCUAGAAUCCGGCAACUUCGAGACAUAAUCUCUGAGAUGGACGAAGACCGAAGCUUUUUCCUUCACGCACUAGACCGCUCUCUCCAGGAAUACAACACCGUUGACUCUACCGUCAACCCGCAGGCCAUCACGAGCCCGCAAAGACAGUCUCCGCCGAGGCAGCCUCCACAGAGACAACCCCAGCAGAGACAGGAGUCUCUCGCCUCGCUGGCCUCGCUGCAGCGCGCAGAACAGCAGUUCCGGCAGGCGGUCGCCAGCAUUGGAGGCGGAGAGACGCCGUCACGGCAACCGGAACGCCCCACGAGACCUCCCCCGUCUGACUCCAUGUCAGACCACCGACAAUCGAAACGGCGAAAGGUAGACGCCGACGAUAGUCGAGAGGGCGCCAAGGGGUUCAGCUACAGCCAUUAUGGUCAGGUCUCAUCAGUUCCGUUGGAGAUGGAAGUCCAUAGCUGCAAGGGAGCCAGUGCAGAGCCGGAUCGCCGCGGUAACUCUCCAGAGCAUAUUUUGGUCAACGAUGGCGCCGUUUACAGAGCACAGGGUGGUUGCUGCAAUAUCGUCCUGAAGCACCGUGGUGAAAUUCCGUUCUCCUUAAAGAAGUUAAUUAUAAAGACUCCAAGGAGCGGGUGUCAUGAUGAAAUGAAUGUUCGAGAAGGCACUGUGAGCAUUUCCAUGGUGUCAGACCCACGAUUCCUUCGCACCGUUGCCAGCCAUGCUUCGCAGUCCAUUAUCCCUUCCUCUCGUCGCUCUCAUCGCCGGAACGAGCCCUCGCAAGCCUUUUCAGGCGCCAUGGCACCACCCCUGAAUGCUAGGAGAAUAGAGUCUCCAUCUUCAGCCCUUCGAGCACGCAUUCAACGUGCACGCGCAACCCAACACCAAGAUGCCCAGGUCGGCACCGAGCAAGAAGACAAAUCAGACGAUGAAUCGACCCAACACGAUGCCGCCCGUGAUCAACUCUCCCUUUCUGACCCGGAGCCUUCAAACUCCCGCGACAGCUCUCCGAACAAUGAAACCAGCGAUAGCGAGAGCAGUGAUGGUAUUGCCGGUGUUGCUGAGGCCCUUGCACAGAAUCUCGAUAGCCGACAACGUCAACUUCUUGAGGCCUUGGGCGUUCGUGUCCCUUCACAUAUGCAUUCUAGAUCAUCGCGGAAUCGACCCUUAUCUCCAACGACUGUAUUUGCUCGUCCAGCUGCUGAAACACGGAACCAAGAGACAGAUACUAUGACGCCUAUUGCGAGAUUCUCUAUCGAACACGAGAGAGCCGCCGUCCAAAUAAGAUUUAAUCCCCCUGUAUCUGCACGAUACAUCCUUAUUAAGAUGUGGGCUCCGUUCAAUCCAGGCCGCAUGGAUAUCGAAAGUAUCAUUGCUCAUGGCUUUGCUGGACCUCGAUUCUUCCCCUCCCAAGAACCCCGAUAG